GUUUGUUGAAAUCUUGCCCUCUGCUGGCAGAAGGAUGUGUUAACGAAUACGACAAAUUGAGGUAAAAUAGAUGCACACCCUUCUAAAGGAAUGCAAGACCCUUUAAAACGACACUGUUUUAAAUGUAUAUGAGGUAAAGUACCGCUGACCUAAGGCUUUAUCAAACUAGGACACAGAAUCAUAGCAUGUGUGCGCGUUGAUGGGGGAGGGAGGUAAUUCUUGGAUCCUCGUUGUCAUGACAACGAUAAAGGUGGAGCGAUAUUUUAACAGAGGGGCUGGAUUGUUUGUUAGUUGAUGUCACGUGACGUGCCGCUGGGGUACGGGGGCACUUCCGGUUUUACUCAGAGACUUGAGCCGCUGUUGUCAGUUACAACAAAAUGGCUGCUGGAGCGCCGCGAACGAAAACCCAGUGAGCGCUUCACGUCAGUGCAGUAUAAUUUUAAAUGGAUGUAUUGGAAUUCCCACACUCUCGGGACAUUUGCUUUCGUGGACUCGUUUACAAUGCGUAUUAGCUAACUAAAGGCAUGAAAAAAAUCCCUUUACGCACUUUAUACUGUAUACGUGACUUUAUCGAUGCGAAAACGUCAUUCAGUUAAGCUCAAACUGCCCGUGUGCGUGCGUCUGUUUGAGUGCGCGCGUGUGUAGCUGCUCCUGAAAACCGCCGAAAUGUUACAACCGUUCAACGUUAAGCUUUCUAGCCGAUGAGCAAAAUCGUCGUUUUUCGCCGUUUGCACCGGCAUCUUUAGAUUUGCCCUCUGGAUAAGUUUCGCUGUCUUGCAUAUUGAGAGGUGAAUUCCUCAACUGGAAAGUCAGCCUCGCCAUUGCAGCUCCCUGCAACAGCGAGUGUCCGACUGCGACUGAAAAUAUAUCUGAUCUCUUGUCAGUGCGGGUAUCGACAACAUCCUCCUUCACCAUGCAGCUCAUGCAUCGGAUUUGAACAGCAGCCGUGUGUAUAAUAAAGCCUUGAGACUAAAAAAAGGAUACAGAAGAGGAGAACCAUUUGAUGGAAGAAAAGAAAAAGAAAAAGCAAGAAGAAAAGAAAAAGAAGGAAGCUGCUCAGAAAAAGGCUGCUGAACAGAAAACCAAAGUGCCAGACUCUGCCAAGCUCAGCCCCACCCCUCCUCCCCCCAUCAACCCCAGCAUCGCCGCCAACCUAUCUGUGCCCUCAGCCAACAGCAGCAGUGGUGGUAAUGGCAAGCGCGCACCCUCCAGCAACCAGCAACAGCAGUCGGCAGCCCCACGCUACCCGCCCCGAGAGGUGCCCCCUCGUUUCCGUCAGCACGAACACAAGCAACUACUGAAGCGGGGCCAACCUCUGCCCGCCGGGAGCCCGGCACUCGCGCAGCCAUCUUCCACCAGUCCCACACCUCAGUCCUUCUCCUGCCAGACCCACCCAGAGCUGCCCCUACAGAGUGGCCUGGGAGCCCAGUAUGAGAAUAUACCCCCCAAUCGCAGUGCCAAUACAGCCUCUACUAACAGCUGCAGCGGCUGGGAUCCACUGAUUAUCGACGAGAGCGAUACAGAGGCGUGGCCUUCCAUUUCAUGCAAAGAAAGCCUUGCCCCUGCAGGAUGCCCCUUGGACACUGAAAGUAUCAGUGACAUCAGCAGCACAAGCACCAUGAGCAUGGCCACAGGAGCUGGCCAGCAAGGCCAUUUCUCCACCAAUCACCCCAGCAAAGCCAAUGCCAGCCACUCAGGAGGUCUGCUCUCCAGUCAGGGUGGGGCCAGCAGAGGCUGGGGCUCUGGCCCAUCUCCUGCCAGUGGAGGAGAAGGGAAGAAUGAAGUCUCCAGCACAUCAAUGGCAGCCAGGGGUUGGGGCUCCUCCAACUUUAACUUGAACUUAAAUCCCAACGCCAACCCCUCUGCCUGGCCAGUUCUGGGACAUGAAGGGACCGGCAUGGGUGGCGGCAGCUCUGGAGGAAGCAACCCUCCUAAUCUUUGUAGCCCACCGGGCACACUGCCCAGUCAGGGCCCCAGCAGCAGUGGCAGUAUAGGUGGUGCCAAUGGAAAUUCUGCAGGUAAUUGUGGUAGUGGCAAUUGCAGCACCACAUGGGGUAGCAUUAUGCCCAGUGACACUUCAGAGCCACACUCCAGCCCAUCCACGAAUGUGUCUUUCAGCUCCGAACCUCCAAACCUUAACACUGAUGGACCAAAUCACACUAAGCAGGAGCCCAGAAGCCCUGGCCACAGCCUGUCUAACUGGGGUGUUGGCCCUCCAGGCAUGGGCUCAUUUGUUCAAACUCCUGGAGGAACCUCGCAUGUCAACGGGGAAGAGGAGCCUGUUUGGCGUAAUGGAGACGCCAAGUCUGUUAGUGGCUCAAAAGACUCUGGUUGGGAAUCAGGGAGCAGCUGGGGACAGGGAGGGCCCUCGAGUACUGCUGGCUGGGGACAAGCUGCCUCAACUGGAGAGUGGGGUAAGCGUUCCAACAGUGAGCCCAAAGGAUGGGAUUCAUCUUGCUCUCCCACCCAAGAGCAGCAACUUAAUUCUUGGGGUCGCGGGGCCAAUGCUCCAGCUAGUGAGGGAAGCAGUGACAGCAUGGAAUGCCAUCCUCAAAGGGGGGAACAUUCAUCAAGGGAUGAGACCUCCCCUGUUAUACCUGCCCAAGACAUGGACCCAAGGGUUCUGUGCAACACAGGCUGGGGACAAACACCUGUACGCCAGCACACCGCUUGGGAGACAGAAGAAGCGGCUCGCAAAAACCACAAGAAUGACAUUGGAACUGAUGCCUGGGGCUCAUCCUCAAAUGCAGCCAAUGCAGGACCAGCAUCAACUUCUGGCAAUGCCAAUCUAAACUCUGGCAAUUCAUCCAGACCUGACUUUGGGGGCAAGAAUGAGGGCCCCUGCCCCACAACUGGAGCUGCCCCAGGCUGGGGCACAGGUAUGCAAUCACCCCAGGCUGGCUCUGGAUGGGCAGAGCCAUCCAACAACAAGAAACCCUCCAGUGGUCCUGGAAGCUGGGGCAACAUCCCAUCUGGAGGUCCUGGUGGCAACCUGCAAAAAGGAGGUCAGACUUGGGGUUCUGAGGAUAAAUCUCCCACCUGGGAAGAUAGUCACGCUAAAACCAAACCACAGGGUUGGGCUGAGGGGCCCAAAUCAUCUCAUGGAUGGGGCAAUGGACCUGUGGGAGAAAGUGGAUCUGGAGGAGAAUGGGGUGAACCUGCAGAUGCGAAGAAAAAUGGACCAUCCAGCUCCUCCUGGGAGGGAGACGGUUCAGGCUGGAACGAGGGCUCCAGAGGAUGGGGCAAGCCUGCCCCAGUAGCAGGAGGAAACUGGGGAGAUUCACAGCGCCCCAGCGUAACCCAACAAGGAUGGAAUAGCAAGCCUCAAGAGGGCAACAAUGGCAAUAGUGGCGGUGGAAGCAUGGGUUCAUGGGGAGGUCCAAGCUCUGUAAAACAGAGCGGCUCCGGACGGGUUGGGGGAAAUGGCGGCAAUGGCGGAAAUGUUGGAAAUAGUGGAAAUGGCGGAAGUGUUAAACCUGACCACAUUGGAGAUCCCACUGGAUGGGAGGAGCCCUCUCCACCCUCCAUCCGUCGUAAGAUGGAGAUCGAUGAUGGUACUUCAGCUUGGGGUGACCCAAAUACUUACAACAAGUCUGUCAAUCUCUGGGACAAAAAUAACCCUGGUAUGCAAGGGAAACCAUGCCCUGUCAAUGCCAACAAUGUACCCAACAACCAUCAUCAUCAUCCCCAUCAUAGCCAGCCUCCCAUGCAGACCCACAAUCAUGGAGGGCCGAACUCUAAUAAUAACCACAUUUCCCCUGAUAACGUAGCCCCACAUCAGACUGGGCCUCCUCACAACAGAACAGCCCUUAUAAAUCCAGGAUGGGGUGACAUGACAAAUAUCCAUUCAAAACCUGAGCCGUCAUGGGGAGAACCAGCCCCCCCUCCAGCAAGUUUGGACAAUGGCACUUCGGCAUGGGGUAAACCCUCAGGUGGCUGUGGAAGAUGGAGUGAUAAUGGCCCUGAGGUCUAUGGUCGAGGUAACGGACCCCCUGGAUCUGCCCCCUGCAAACCUGCCCCCAAACCUAUGCAAGAAGGCUGGGGAGGUGGUGAGGACAUGAGUCUGUCUGGGAGCCAAUGGGAGCAAGAUGAGGGAGACAUGUGGAAAAGCACUGCAUCUCAGGAGAGCAACUCCUCCUGCAACUCCUGGGGCAACCCACCCAAGAAGGGCCCACCAAAGGGAAAAGUACCGAACAAACAGGAUGAUAGCUGGAUUAUGACUCAUCUGAUCAAGCAGCUGACUGACAUGGGCUUUCCUAGAGACCCUGCGGAGGAGGCUCUUAAGAGCAACAACAUGAACUUGGAUCAGGCUAUGAGCGCCCUGUUGGAGAAGAAGAGCGAACUGGAUAAACGGGGGAUGGGAAUCUCUGAUUACAACAACGGCCUUGUCAAUAAAUCAAUGGGCUGCAGACCUUCAGUCAUCUCCAAAGACUCUUCCUCAGAUCGUCCUCCCUUCUUGGACAAGGAUGCUGGGCUAGCAGAUGAUGCCCAAACCUCACCUUUUAUGCCUUCUCCGAGCCUGAAGCUCUCUUUGGGUAGUGCUGCACUCCCUGGCCAGAGCCUUGGAGUCGCCAUGCAAAACUUGAACAACAGACAGAUGCAGAGUGGAGUGUUUGGUAGCAGUGGAGCAGCACAAGCCCGGGUCCUGCAGCAGCAGCCUCCUCCCCAGCCGACAGUGCCGCCUCUCAACUCCUCCCAGCCUAGUCUACGCGCUCAAGUGCCUCAGUUUCUCAGCCCUCAGGUUCAAGCACAGCUUUUACAGUUUGCAGCAAAAAACAUUGGUCUCAACCCUGCACUUUUAACCUCACCAAUAAACCCUCAACAUAUGACCCUGUUGAACCAACUUUAUCAGCUGCAACUGGCGUACCAGCGUUUACAAAUUCAGCAGCAGAUGUUGCAGGCACAGCGCAGUGUUUCUGGCCCCAUUCGACAGCAAGAGCAGCAAGUUGCACGUACAAUCAAUAACAUGCAGCAACAGAUCCAGCAGCAUCAGCGGCAGUUGGCUCAGGCUCUGCUCAUGAAACAGCAGCAGCAACAGCAGCCGCCUCCCUCUCACCCGGGCAUGCAUCCUAGCGUGGGCAAAUCAGCUCUGGACACGUUUCCGGUCCACCCCCAGGCCUCCAGCCUCUCCGUUUCUGACCUUCAGACCAAAGAGCCGCAGUCUUCUCCAAACUCUUUCUCCCACUACCCUAUGUCUGGAUUAAACCCUAACAUGAAUGUAAACUGCAUGGAUUUGGGUGGCCUGUCCAUGAAGGACCCUCCUCAGCCUCAGUCACGCCUGUCACAGUGGACACACCCUAACUCCAUGGAGAACCUCUCUGGCAAUUCCUCUCCAAUGGAGGCCAACUACAACAAGCAUGGUGCCAUCUCUGCCGGUCCCCCUCUGGGUCUCCCAAGUAAACCCCAAAUGGAUGACUCCUACAGUCCCUACAAUCUGCUUCCGAGCUCUGAGUCUCCUACCAGCCCUCUGACACCUCACGAUAGCUGGGGUCAGGGCAAGAACACCAAUGACAAGAUCUCCAACGGGACUAACGUCAACUGGCCUCCAGAGUUCUGUCCAGGAGUGCCUUGGAAAGGACUGCAGAACAUCGACCCUGAGACUGACCCUAAUGUGACCCCAGGGAGUGUUCCCAGUGGGCCCACCAUCAAUACUAACAUUCAGGAUGUUAACCGCUAUCUGCUGAGAGACAGAAGUGGAGGCAAGCUGUCUGACAUGAAGUCCACUUGGUCCCCGGGGCCCAUCUCACACUCCCAAGCUUCUCUCUCUCACGAGCUUUGGAAAGUCCCUCAAGGACCCCGGAACACGGCAGCUCCCACUCGGCCGCCUCCGGGCCUGACCAACAACAAACCAUCAUCUACGUGGGGCGGAAACACUCUGGGCCUGGUGGCUGGAUGGAGCAGCUCGUACUCCUCAGUAGGAACCACAUGGAGUACAGAUAGCUCCAACAGAAGCACUAGCUGGUUGGUCCUGAGAAACCUCACCCCACAGAUCGAUGGUUCGACACUGCGGACACUGUGCAUGCAGCAUGGCCCACUUAUCACAUUCCAUCUCAACCUGACGCAGGGCAAUGCAGUUGUGCGCUACAGUUCUAAAGAGGAAGCUGCCAAAGCCCAGAAAUCCCUCCACAUGUGUGUUCUGGGAAACACCACUAUCUUGGCUGAGUUCGCUGGAGAGGAGGAGGUGAACCGCUUCUUUGCACAGGGUCAGUCCCUCACGCCCACCACCAGCUGGCAGGCCAACCCUGGCACCAAUCAAACGCGGCUGGGUGGCGGAGGGACGGGGGCCACCCACCCCAUCGGCCACUGGAACAGCAGCCUGGGAGGAUCCGGCGGCACGGGAUCCGGCGGCAAGGCGAACAACGAGCUGCUGUGGGGUGGCGUGCAGCAGUACUCGAGCCUGUGGGGGCCACCCAACGCCGAUGAUGGCAGGGUGGUCGGCAGCCCCACCCAAAUCAACACACUGCUUCCUGGAGACCUGCUGAGCGGAGAGUCCAUGUGAGAGUGCCAAGCACUCAGAAGAAGCGAAAACCGGAAAAACUUCACGAGCAAAAACCAAGCAAAUCAUUUGGCGAUAAUCAGCGUCAGUGGAACUGUGAACCAAGAGACACUCGCGUAGAGGCUGCUGACCUUCUUCCGCUUCUUUUUGUUUGUUUGUUUGUUUUGCGUCGUUUUAUCUGUGUUAUUUUGAUCACAAGGCUUGGGUUACAGUAUUCUAUAGACUUCUUAAGAAGAACAGUGACUAAAAGAAAAGAAGUGUGAACCUUUACCAAGACUUUUCUCUAAUGACUGAUACCAGUUUGAAAGCGUAUUUUACUACAACUGAUGAGACAAGCUGCCAUUUUUUAAAAUUCCUCUGGCACGAGCACAUCCCAUCAGCCCAAUCACAGCAUAUCACCACUCCUGAUGACACGUGCAUCAUUCCAAACAACCCUUUCUUGGACUGGAUCCAUGGCUUUUUCAGUUGUCGUUUGGAUUGUACGGAUUAUUUAACAGCACUAAACUUUAGCCUUAACUGCUGAUCGGUCCCCACUCCACUGGUACCAGAGACUAAAUGAAGAAACUCAUCGGAGAAUUGCACAUUUUCUCAUUUCUGAGCCAGCCGAGCGAAAACGGACCGCCGUGCGAUCCAUCUCACACAAGCCACAGCAUAUAUUUGUCCUUCCUGUUUCCCUCAGUUGCCUUCCUGUCCUCGUUAUUCUGUAAAGGACAGACAGGUACAGUACGUGGCCCCUCUGCACAUUUGAGGCAUUUCUUACGCUGAGAGGACAGCCGUGCUUAAGAUAUAAACCACUGCUCACGGAAACGGUGUGCCGCGUGGAAUCGAUGCACUACUUUCUCUCUUGAAUUUUCCUCAAUGACCUCAGUCUUUUAGGCCUGGCGAGAACAUAAGCCCUCAUUGUUGUUUGUCCGACGUGCAAUAUACGCCACAGACUCUUCCGUCCAUCUUUGCGCAGUGCUUUUGCUGACGGUAGAAGCUCGUUUUUCGGGCAAAUCAAAGACUCGACAGAAGCUAAGCUUCUUCUCAGCCCAAUGGUGAUGAAACGUUCACGAGCACUUCCUCUACACACUCAAGGACAGUGUGACUACAGGGGCACAGGGGAUUCAAACCAAAUAGGAGGUGUUUCUCGUAACCCAGUAGACAAAGUGCAUUUUUUUGUUGUAUUUGGUACAAAAGUAUGGAAAAAAGACUGGUUUUGAAAGGGGUGGAUUAUUCAUAGCACUUAGCAGGAGCUUCAAGCUCCGACUUCAAUGCCAACAAAAAAUUACACAUGGAUGUGUGAAACUGACAAAAAAAAGCAACGAUGAAAAGCAAUCUCCACGCUGAACUCUAAAUGGAUUUCGACGAUUAUUUUCUUGUCUUUCCACGGACUUCGAAAUGGGACAUUUCAAAAACGGUAGCAAAACGACAGGAUGUCCGACGAGGAAAAAGACUGAAGCGCUCGGCGUGUUUUUUCUUCUUCGAGAUAUAUAUCAAAGUAAAUAUCACUGUUACAGUACUCCAAAAUCAUUAGCCUUUUCGUCUGGAACUAGACGUGUUGUAAUAUUUCUAAUGGAUUCUGUGGGGCCCGCCGCCCUGGUGGCCCCGCCUACCUGUAUGAUAAGUGUGGCCAUUGAGUGCCUAUCUGCUGUGGCGCCUCCGGUGCCCACGCUCUGACUUUGACCCGCUGUGCCAGGCCGGCGCACCAGAUGCCAGAACGGACCUGCCACUCGUAUGCUCGGCCUGGGCCAGAGCAGCGGCUCCUUUAGACCUGGCCAAUCAGUACGUACUACUGCGCCAGCACACAACCUCGUCUCCACUUCACUCUCAUAAACUCCUCCCUCUCAUGCAAAGAUCACUUUAGCUGGAAGUGGACAGGUUGGUUUUAUGUACCGAUUGGGUUUUUCCCUCCUGGAAUUGCCAGUGUUGUUAUUUUUGUGGUCAACACAUUGCUGUUUGUUAUCGUCGUUGCUGUUGAUGUUAUUGUUAUUUUGCGCUUUUUUUUGUUUGUUCGUUUGUUUGUGUGUCAAUGCAGUGGUCUCUAUGGUAGCUGCUCUCACCAGCCCCUCUUGCUGCGCAUAUGCAGAAUCACUCAGUGUAAAUGAGAGAAUGGCUUACGACGGGGGUCGCGUUUUGAGGGCAGACAUAACGAAAGUGUAGGCUCAAGCGCGAGUGGUGCUCAGUUUGACUUCUGCUUCUCCAUCGUAGCUUCUCCUCUGCACUUUUCUUCUCUGUUUCAGCCCUGCUAGGCCACAUUCACACUGGUGCUUAUGACAAAGGGCAGGCAGGGUACACUACUUUACCUGGUCGCCUCUUCUCGCAGUAAUAAAAGCAAACGAUAACGGAGACUCGGCUCUCUCCUUCUAUGCAAAGACCGACCGAGAAGCGCCGUUCAAAGCCUUUAGCUAUAAACUGUAGUUCUCUCCAAGCCCACUCUUCACCAGUUCAUUCGGAGCAGGCAGCUUCCUCACGGUGUGGCCUGCGGUAAGAAACCAGCCCACUCGUUUCCAACAGAUCGGAUCAGGCCCUCACUGUUUACUCUCUGAAUGAUCUCUUACAUGCAGUCUCAGGGCAACCUCAGAGAACCCCGAACCGAUUUCUCUUUAAAAAGUGGGCGGGGCUUUAAACGCGCUCUGAAUGCUUGGCUUGGAGAAGGUGGACAGGAGGAGAAUCGAAAGGAACUCCCUGCUGUCGAUCUUAACUUAGCUUUAAUCGGACCGGGACUCCUUUCGAGCAUUUUUAACGUAGACUUUAUGAAUAGUUGGCUUUAUGAAGAGCACAUGGAGAUGGAGAGGUAGAACGCAAGUUGGCACCAAGUCAGACGGGUAGCACCUUGUCCUGGGCGUACGCCUGGGAGGACUGCUGAGAAUUAAACAGGGAAUCCAGAAUGUUUAGGUGCACUGUAGAUGGUUCACAUUGGGUACAUCUUUUUUUAAACCAAAAAAAGGGUUUGUCUCAUUAUAAAACAAAAUAGGUAACUUUAAUUCUCUAGUACACUCUUGACUGAAGUGCUUCUCUUUGCAAGCCUUUGACGCCCGAUUGGGGCGUACAGAUGACUCUGGGGUUGCUGUAUUGAUGGUAUUAAAUUCUGUCCUGACCCAAUGCUAAGGGAAUGGUGCAGAUUUUUCUUUCAUUUCGUUUUUGUUCUUACAGGUCCGAGUCCUUAGGGACCUUUCGUAUCAGGCGGCCUGUGGCACAUGCCAGUUGAUACCAAGUCUUAAGACGAAAAUCCCUUUCUGGAAGAUAUUUGUGUUGACUUCAAACUCGAGUGACACUAGCAACAAUCACUAUUGCCUGUUUUUGAAGAUAUAUAUAUAUAUAUCUAUAUAUAUAUUUUUAACUGCCUUUCUCUAAGCUGUACUCGAGACCACAGAAAGAAAAAAACGUCCAAAACAUGUUGAAAUUCAGAGGAAUGACUGGCACGUUAGCCAGCUAGCCAACAAGUGCCCAGUCCUCCGCUGUGGGCAUACUGGGUCUUUGUAUGUUGGACUAAUGUACCCCAACUCUACGAAAGAGGCUCAAAUGCAAGUGGUGUAGAAAUGAAGGCUGCUUCAUACAUACAAAAUAAAAGGGCCUGUUGAGCUCUAAAGUACAAGUGGGCCCUGGCUAGAAUAUGCACAUGCUGGUUGAUAUACAUGUACAUCUGAAAUCCUGUGUAUGUAUAUAACUGGUGAUCUUUUCCAUGUACCUUUAGUUGGUAUUUCAGGCCCAAUAACUCCCCAUUCCCUUUUCUCCAUGAAUUACCUAGAUGAUAAAAAGCAUAAACAUAUCAAAAUUAUACAAAUGAAAAGAGACAAAUACUUGAAUCAAAAGAAGCGCCAAUAAUGUAAUGUGAAAUUUUUGUAAUAAUUUUGUCAUUCAUACACUUCCAAGCUUUUUGAUAACAUCGGUUCAAAUUGAACGAAAAAAAUAUAAAAAAACGCAAAAAAUUAAAAAAGUAAAAAAAAAACGCAAAAUGACAUCGGUUGUGUGUGUGUGUGUGUGUGUGUGUGUUUGCACAAGAUUGCGUGUACUGUAUGACAAAUGAAUGGACGGGUGACGAAAAGUUGAAACCAAUGUAUGCUUGUGAAUACAGUGAAAUUGUUUGCGCCUUUGUUUCAUUUGAAGCAUUUUAGAGGUUUAUGUCUUUUUUGUUGGCUAGUCAAAAAUAUAUUAGAAUGUGUAUUGUUAUUGUAUUUGUUAUUAGCUUUGUUAUUAGAGUUGCACUGAGUGUCUGCUUCCCCUCAUUCAGCUAAUCGUACAACAUGAUAUUAAAGUACUAAGGGGACAAGGUGACAAUUCAUGUGUUAAUGUUUACUCAAGGACUUAUUGAGAAAAAUAACAAGUGUGUUUUUUUAUCUGUAAUACGAUUAUCUACCUUAUAGUGGCUUUUAUUGUGGAAUAUUCCAUGAUAAAGAAUGGAUUAUUAUGAGUAUUGCACCAUUUUUGUUUUCAGAUUAUAAACAGAAAAAAUGCAAAAUGCUAACAAAAAAAGUUACAUAAAUAUAAAAUCUUUUCGAAGAACUGUGGCCAUAGUUUGAAGUAGAGGGACUUGUAACUCUCCAUGGAGAGCUGGAUAGACAUCUGAAGAAGAGUUUCUUACAAGACUCAUUUCAGAGGUGCCUACCUUUCUGGUUUGCUUUGAUUUUUUUUGUUUCUGUUCUACUUAAGUUCACUAUCUUUGUGCAAGGCCACCAACAGUUUACAAGCAUUUCAUGUUUUUUCUGAAGUUCAAGGAAGAGAAAAUAACAAUCCUAAAGGACAUAUACUUCCAUCAGAUGAAUAACAAAAACACUUUAAGAAAUGAAGAUUAUUGUGCUACUUGCAGAACUCUGGGAUUGAUCAGUGUUGUCGUGUUUUUUUUAAACUUAUGUUGGCAAUGUUACUUCAUAGAUGAUCAAAGCCUGUACUUUUUUUGAAAGCUAAAACAUUUCCUUUGUUAAAAAAGAAGACAUAAUUGUUCACUAUCUUGCACACACAAAAAGUGGAUCAUGUCUCAGGAAGGCAAGGGUUCCAGAGUACCAACUCCACGCCAUUUAAUGUUCGUGUUUAGAGAAAGAGGAUAACAGAAAAAAAAGCACUGAAGGUUAUGGAUUUCAGAAGAAGAAAAAUACCUUUUGUUUCUAAAUCCGUAGCAGUUACAUAUUUACCAAAUAAUGAACUUUAAAAAAUGGAGUGCUUUAUAAAUAAAUCUAUAUAUUGAAAUUGCUUUACAUUUUAAACAAAAUGAUCAAUGAUUUUGAUUGUUCACAAGACAGUGAAAGAACAUACAAGUGCUGUAUGUUUUAAUCUUUAUUGUAUUUUCUUAACAUGAGGUCCCUUCCUGUUGAAAUCAGGACCAUUGUGCAUUACUAUUUCUUUCCUCUUUGUCGUUCUGUCUCUUGUGGCGGGUAUUACAUAAUGAAAAUGUAGAAAAAGUGGGUUGGGGGGCAUGGUUUCUGUAUCAAUUUGAUCGAUUUAAACAGAAAAGGCUGGUUUAUAAAGAUCAUGAUCUAUGCACAAGGGGGGGUGGGUUUCUUAUUGCUUCUGUGACCAGUCUCUCACUGGGAUCAGAGGAACUAUUUUCCGGGUGUCCUUUAAUUGACGCUGUCGUUUCCUUCCCCCAUUGACCCCAUCUUAUUUCCCAUUUUUCAUCUAUCUUUCAUAAAAGUACAUCUCCAUGCUGUGUAUUCCUAAACCAAUGAGCGUCUCAUUCUGAAGCACUGUGGGGGUUUAUUGUAGCCCAUGACUUUCAAGGUUGUCUGUGUUCUUUAUGCGUGCGUGUGUGUGUGUGUGCGACUUGAAUGAGUGUGGGCGGAAAUAUUGGGUUGCUUUUGCCUUUUGAUUUUAAAUGUUAAGAAACAUGUCUGUACUGAGAUUUUAAGAAGUCAGUGGCUUUUAAUGUUUUUUCUCUUUCUCUCUAUUUCUCCUCAUAGAAUGUGAUUGUUGAUGACAUGCACCGAAAAAAUGUUUUGAACUAUGGAGCUUCUUUCAAACAAUUAAUAAAAGCAUUUUUGUUCUUGGUUGUAAUGAA